UGGCGACUAAAGAAAGAUGAUCUGUAAUAUUUAUUUCAGUUUUCCUUUUUAUUACAAUUAUUACGUGGAACGUAGAGAUUUGCUCUUAGUUUAUAAGACAUAAUGCUACUCCAAGAACCAGUACAGGCUGCAAUAUGGGAUGCCCUCAAUCAUUAUGCAUAUCCAGAUGCGACAUUUCUAGCUGAACGUCUGUAUGCUGAAGUUUCCAGCGAUGACGCUUUGUUUCUCCUGGCAACCUGCUACUAUCGCUCGGGGUACCCGAUUCAGGCGUACUUACUACUACAGAAGAAGGGAUGUCACACUGCGCAGUGUCGAUUCCUUAUGGCUCGCUGCUGUAUGGAGUUGAACAAGUCGUCGGAGGCGGAAGACAUUCUGUCUGGUAGCAUCGUGACCCGUGUGAAAUCUCUCGACGAAAUCGAGUCAGAGUUUGGCAACAUGGCGUGUCACGUGUUUUCUCUGCUUGGGACACUGUACAGUAAAACGGAGAGACAUCAAAAGGCGACGGUUUGCUUCAAGAAAAGUCUUCAUUUGAAUCCUCUGUUAUGGAAGUCCUAUGAACGACUCUGUCAGAUGGGUGAGAAGAUUGAUCCUAGCGAGGUGUUUCAGGUCCCGGUUCAGAUGGGUUUGCAGUCGUCACAAGUUCAACAACAACAACAACAGCCACAGCUACAACAGCAGCAGCAGCUACAACAUUCAACACAAACACCUCAGUCUGUUACCGACGUUUUGUCUCCCAUUUCCGAGGCCUUGACGCCGAUGUCUAAUGAAGUGAAUAUGCAGCUGCCGGCUCCACAGAUAGUGACGAUGAACACGACGCCGGAAAAUCAGGACAUCCCGAUGAUAGACAAACUUCUGACUGCUGCGCCCAAACUCUGUCGCACGACCAGGAAACUGUCGAAGCCCUGCCACGCCCUUUUCCUCAGUCCAAUGACUCCAAGUUUUGGAAUUCUGCCGUUAGAAACACCAAGUCCUGCGUCGGAUCACAACCUGAUGCCGUUUAUCACACCCAGUCCGCUGAUGUUCAAUGACAUACAGAUGAACGAUGCCAAAGCUCCCAAGAAAAAACCUUCUACACGGAAAGGCCCCAAUAUGAAUGCUAUGCCAAAACCGCCAGUUUUUGGUAUUAACACAAACACUCGAGAUGUUCCAAAACCACUUGUAGGAAACAUUCCCAACGUCCGGAGAAGUUCUCGGUUGUUUGGCAAUUCUAAUUCUAGCUCUGUGAAGGAAAACAACAAGAGCCCGGAGAAGUCGCGGUUUGCGAGUCCGAAAGCGGUGAACCGGAAAUCGAAGCCGCGGAUCAGCAAGUCGCAGCAGGAGCUGAACGAGAUUAACAAGAGUGAGAUGCAUGUUGACAGUAAACCCGCUGCCCAGCCCGAACUGCCAACCCCCUCGCAGAUACUACAGAUGCAGCACCAGAGUCUGUCUGGCAUUUUAAACCUGCUCCAGCAGCUGGGGAAAGCUUUCAUGUAUCUCUCGCAGUACGAGUGUCGCAAGGCGAUAGAGCUGUUUUCAGACAUACCCGAACACCAGUACUACACAGGCUGGGUCCUCUCUCAUUUGGGGCGAUCUCACUUUGAAAGUGCCGACUAUAAAAAGGCGGAGAAAAUCUUUGAGGAGCUUCGCCGACUCGAGCCGUACUACAUCACGGGUAUGGAGAUGUACAGCACCACGCUGUGGCAUUUACAGAGGGAAGUGGAGUUGUCUGUCCUUGCCCACGAACUCACCGAUCUGGACAAACAGUCUCCUGAAGCUUGGUGUGCAACAGGAAACUGCUUCAGUCUGCAGAAGGAACACGAUGUGGCUAUUAAAUUCUUCCAAAGAGCCAUUCAGGUGGAUCCCAACUUUGCAUACGCGUAUACUCUGCUGGGCCAUGAGUACGUGUUUACAGAGGAGUUGGACAAGGCUUUGGCGUGUUUCAGGAACGCUAUACGUGUAGACACGCGCCAUUACAAUGCUUGGUAUGGAGUGGGUCUGAUUUACUACAAGCAGGAGAAAUUCAACUUCGCCGAGGUCCACUUCCGAAAGGCACUGAGCAUCAACCCAAACAGUUCAGCCCUGCUCUGUCACAUCGGAGUGGUUCAGCAUGCGCAGCAGAAGUCUGAAUCUGCUCUCUCAACGCUGAAUCGCGCCAUCGCUGCCGACCCUCGGAACGCGCUCUGCAAGUUCCACAGAGCGUCCAUCCUGUUUGCUAACGACAAACACAAGGAUGCUUUACAAGAACUUGAAGAAUUGAAGACGAUCGUUCCUAAAGAAUCUCUCGUGUAUUUCUUGAUAGGGAAGGUCCACAAGAAAUUGGGCAACACUCACUUGGCUCUGAUGAAUUUCUCGUGGGCGAUGGAUCUGGACCCGAAGGGAAUCAACAACCAGAUCAAAGAAGCAAUAGACAAACGAUAUGUAACGGAGGAGGACGAUCCACUGGUUCACUUGAACGAAACUGCAAUAGAAGAAGGUCCAAGCGGCGAGGGAGAUGAAGAAACGCCUCAGAUCAGUUUGUCCGACCCAGAUCUACAGGCCAUCGAGAGUGACGAGAGUUUGUGACAUCCGCCACAUCCGUAAACACAAAUAAUUUAACUCUGUGACAACUGUAAACACAGAAUUAAAAUGUGUGAUAUUUGCCACAUUCGUAAACAUGAAUAGUUUAACUCUGUGACAACUAAUCACAGAUAAUUAAAAUGUGUGACAUUUGCCAUGUCUGUAAACAUGAAUCAUUAAUUUAACUAUGUGACAACUAAUCGCAGAUAAUUAUAACUUGUGACAUUUCCAACGUUCAUAAACACAAAUAAUUUAACACUAUGAAAACUGUAAACACAGAUAAUUAAAUCUGUGAUAUUUUCCAUGUUCGUAAAGCCUAAUAAUUUAACACUGACAACUGUAAACACAGAUAAUUAAAUCUGUGAUAUUUUCCAUGUUCGUAAAGCCUAAUAAUUUAACACUGACAAUUGUAAACACAAAUAAUUAAAUCUGAUAUUUUUCAUCCGUAAACACAAAUAAUUUAAAACUGAUAGCUUUAAAUACAGAUUAUUAAAAUGUGUAACAUUUGCCACAUCCAUAAACACAAAUAAUUGACUGAUAUUUGCCAUGUCCGUAAACACAAAUAAUUUAAAACUGAUGGCUUUAAACACACAUUAUUAAAAUGUGUAACAUUUGCCACAUUCGUAAACACAAAUAAUUGACUGAUAUUUGCCAUGUCCGUAAACAUGAAUAGUUUAAAACUGUGACAACUGUAAACACUUAAUUAAAUCUUUGAUAUUUGCCAUAUUUGCAAACACAAAUAAUUUAGCACUGUGACAACUAAACAUUCGUAAUUAAAUCUGUGAUAUUUGUCACGUUUGUUAACACGAAUAGUUUGACAUUCAAACAACUGUAAACACAAAUCAUUUAAAGAUGCCAUCCUGAGUUUGAUGCCAUGUGAAAUGUUUAAGACUAUCUCAAUUGUCACAAGCUUUAGCGAGUGAUAAUGAAAAUUAUUUCACAAGGGACAUAAACAUGAUACGAAAUGGUAAUGAGUUUAAUGUCCUAUUUAUUACCCAUAAUUGAUCUUAAUUUAUAUCACUCAUCUCAUUUCGUCCACGUUCCUGUAAUAGUGUAAAGUUAUAGUACGUCAAUCGAUGACGUCAUCUUGUGACGUCAAAAGUGUUACGUCCCACUUGGCAUUCUAAAAUAUUUUUAACCAUAUGGGUAAUAAUAAAUAUAUCUUCUUCCUUACAGUAUCAGUGCCUGAAGAUACAAUGUGUUUCUUGUUACCCUAUUUUUGUAGGUAGGCCAAAAUAUAUUUUACCUCCAAAUAGUUUCCAAUGUACAAAACAUUUUAUAUUAGGAAGUAAAAUGAAAUUUGAGCUAUUAGAAACAUUAGGAUGACCAGAAACACAUUUGAUUCACAGAAACUGAUAUUCUAAACAAUAAACUAUUCAAGACUUAAGUUCAGUUGUUAAAAAGUUUUUAUUACAUGUAUUUAGAAAUGUGUUUCAGUGGCUGAUAACUUAGGAUUGUCCCUUUAAAACUUUUUCAAAAAGCUUGAAGACUUUUGCAACUUAAAGACUUUGUGCUUCACAGACACAGACAAAUAAAUGCUUGAAAACCAUUUCAGUAUCGGACAAUAAACGAGUGCUGUAGUUUUUCCCAUACACACCAUGCUGACUUAUAAAUAUUUUCUUAUGCUACGUCCACUGUCCAUGCUUAUAAUCAACAAUUUACAACUUGGAAAUGAGUCUUAAAUUUACAUAGAUUGCUCAUCUAAAUCACUUACUAUAUAUAUAUUUUAUUUUUUUCCCCCUCCUGUUUCUUCUUCUUACAGUACACCAUAUUUUAUCAAAAUAACAUGUCGAUCCACUACUAAAACCCCCAGACUUUAUAGCUUAGUAACUGGUUUAACGUGUCCAUAUACCACUAGGAUUUCAAACACGCCUAUCCGAGUCCGGCCUCCGAUAGGAUCGGGGGUCUGACUCAGGGCAGGGAUACCAGACUUUAUGAACGAGUUGAUGAGAGAAUGACACCAGUUUGCUAUAGCUAUAAACAAACAAUUUUUGUAAAUGAC